CUCUUGAGGCUUAUAACUCCAUUUUUGUUUAUUUUAUAUUUCUUUAUUUUGUCAUGUCAUCCCUUCAACUGAGUUGACCCCUCUUUCUAUCUGCAACUUAAGGCUUAAGUCUUUGUGUCCAUUGCGUGUGCCAGCUAUGCUUUGGAUCCUUGGCGGGUGGAACAAUCUAUACCCAACUGCCUGCUAUAAAUUGAGUAUGUUAACCUUUCCCACUUCCUACAUAAAUCCACCCACUUCUGUUUCUGUCCUUAAACAACAAAAAUAAAACUACUUUGCAUCUGCCCCUCUUAGCCAUUCAAGGGAAUUUGCUGAAAAAUCAGGGAAGACUUACAUUCGAGUUUCAAUUUGUGGCAAAGGGUUCUGAGUUGCAAGGUACAUUUGAAUCAAUUGUUAGCGGAGGAAAAAGGGUGAAGAAGGAAGAACUGCAUUUCAAAGCGAAGGUAAAGGAUAUGGAGCCAAACCAUGAGAAGGAAGGGAACGUUGAGGUCGAACUUGAAUUGAAGACCAAAUCAGUGGAGGAGGAUAAGGGGGAGAAACAUAAAGAGAAGGAAAAGGAAAAACACGAGGAUAGUGAAAUUGGAGAAAUAAAGAACAAAGAGGAGAAAAAGAAAGAAAAAAAGGAGAAGAUGCACAAAGAUGAAGAAGAUGAUAAGAACACAAAGAAAAAAAAGAAAAAAGACAAGGAGGUGAAGAUGAAGAAAGAAGGAAAACACGAGGAUAAAGAGGUGGUAGAAGAUGAUGAAGAGAAAGAAGAGAAGAAGAAGAAAAAAGAAAAGAAGCAAAAGGAGAAACAGGUUGAGGGAGAAGAAGAUGAAGAGAAAGAUGAGAAGAAAAAGAAGGAGAAAAGUAAAGAAAAGAAGCACAAGGAUAAGGAUCAUGAGUUAGAUGAAGAUGAAGAGACUAGAGAGAAGAAAAACGAGAAGGAUAAGGAGAAAAAGAAAAAAAAGAAGCUGAAAGAUGAAGAGGAAGAGGGAGAGGAGAAAGCGACAGAGACAGAGAAGAAGAAAGACAAAGAGGCAAAGGAGGAGAAGAAGAAAGAAAAGAAUAAGGAUAAAGUAGAAGGAGAUGAAGAUGAAGAAAUAGAAGAGGGAAAGAAAGAAAAGAAGAAAGACAAAGAAGCAAAGGAAAAGAAGAAAGAGAAGAAGAAGAAGGAUGAUGUAGGAGAUGAAGAUGAAGAAUUAGAAGAGGGAAAGAAAGAAAAGGAGAAAGACAAAGAGGCAAAAGAGAAGAAGAAAGAAAAGAAGGAUGAGGUAGAAGAAGAUGAAGAAGAAUUAGAAGAGGGAAAAAAAGAAAAGAAGAAAGACAAAGAAGCAAAGGAGAAGAAGAAAGAAAAGAAGAACAAGGAUGAGGUAGAAGAUGAAGAUGAAGAAUUAGAAGAGGGAAAGAAAGAAAAGAAGAAAGACAAAGAGGCAAAGGAGAAGAAGAAAGAAAAGAAGAAGAAGGAUGAGGUAGAAGAAGAUGAAGAUGAAGAAUCAGAAGAGGGAAAGAAAGAAAAGAAGAAAGACAAAGAGGCAAAGGAGAAGAAGAAAGAAAAGAAGAAGAAGGAUGAGGUAGAAGAAGCUGAAGAAUUAGAAGAGGGAAAGAAAGAAAAGAAGAAAGACAAAGAGGCAAAGGAGAAGAAGAAAGAAAUGAAGAAGGAUGAGGUAGAAGGUGAAGAGAAAGAAGAGGAGGAGGAGAAGAAAGACAAAGAGGAUAAAGAUAGUAAGUACAAGGAUGAAGAGGAAGAAAUCGACGGGGAGGAAAAGAAGAAAGUCAAAGUGGAAAAGAAUGUUGUGAAGGGUGAGAGUGGCAUAACCUCCAGGGAAAUUGUAAUAGAAGAUACUGGGAAAGAACCAGAAGGUGAAGGAGACCAAGAGAAGCAAAAGGGUAAAGCAAAAGAAGAGAAAGAUAAUAACAAUAAAUGUGAGAAGAAGAGAAAAUUUGAGGGGAAGGACAAAAGCAAAGAUAUUAGCAAGCUGAAACAGAAGUUAGAGAAAAUUAAUAGCAAAAUAGAUGCCCUACUUGAGAAAAAGGCAGACAUCCUAAGGCAGAUUAAUGAAGCUGAGAACACGACCAAUGAAGUUGCUGUGUAAUUGCAUACAUGGACUGACUGUGGUAUAGCACUAUGCACUAGUGUGUUUUACACACGCAUUUUUUUUUUUUGUAAUAGUAUGUAUAAUGUUUACAUGGAUAAUAUAGAUUCCCCCAAAGGUUCAUAUAUCCAUCACUCUGAUAUGAAAAUGACAGCUAGAAAUUUACAGCGUGAAAAUUUGUGACUUUGGAAUUGUAAGAAUCUUAUAAUAAUGAAUCGUUCCAGUUAGCAUUGAUGGAACUGUUAUAUGGAGAUGAUCAUUUUAUGUAUCCUUGGAAGAAAAGUUGAUCCUGGAGCCUUUAUUGAAUUAUCUCUUUUAAAA